UAAAGACAAAACAAAGCCACACAUUUCAACGAACAGGCGCUGGUCGCUUUUUUAUUUUUUUUUUUAUAAUCAAACAAAUUUCAUUCAUUAUUCAUAACGAUUACCGGCAAUAUCAAUAAAAGACUUGCAUCAUGCCGAGUAGUACGUCUUUGCUGGAGGCCGAUGAGGGAGAGUCCGAGGUCCCACCGCCGCUCCUGCACGCUUUCGCCGGUAUGGGCCUUGACGAGCAGCACGGCGCUCAUAGCCAGACGCCCGAACUAGCUGACGAGAGCCUCCCCUUUCACCACCUCCCGCUCUCCUCGGUCUCCCAUUUCAGCCUCCUCGGUACGGUCCUCGACUUGAAGCCCUUGCCACUGCCUCGUCCGCCCUCGGGAGACGAAAUUAACAAAACGGCAGCGGCUGAGGACGAGGAGGAGCCAUUAGUUGCAACCGAUUCCUCGUUGCUAACGCAGGCCCACCACCGCAACCAACACCUCCUUUCUGGGCCGGCUAGCUCCGGGAUGGAGCACAUCGAGACUGUGUUGCUGUACAACGGAGACGAGCGGGACGAUCCUGCGGUCGGCGGCGCUCUCCCGCCGGGUAACAGCAUGACGAUGCUACCGUCCGGCGGGUUCGGGGAGCCGGAUUACGGAGAGGCCGAGACAUCACUGUUGAACCGGCGUAAGAGCGUAAACACGACCGAGUGUGUGGCCGUGCCGAGCUCGGAGCACGUCGCGGAGAUCGUUGGCAGGCAGGGCUGUAAGAUCAAGGCACUUCGAGCCAAGACCAACACCUACAUUAAGACACCAGUGAGGGGGGAACAGCCAGUCUUUGUUGUGACGGGGCGUAAAGAAGAUGUGGCCAUGGCUAAAAGGGAGAUCCUGUCUGCGGCUGAGCACUUUUCCCUUAUCAGAGCCUCUCGGAACAGGACAGGCCCUCUUACUGCAGGAGCCAGCCUCGGGACUCCGGCUUUACCUGGACGGACUACCAUUCAGGUGCGGGUACCAUAUCGUGUUGUUGGGUUGGUUGUGGGUCCUAAAGGAGCAACCAUAAAACGCAUUCAGCAGCAGACCCACACCUACAUUGUGACGCCGAGCCGGGACAAAGAGCCAGUGUUCGAGGUUACAGGCAUGCCGGAAAACGUAGACCGGGCGAGGGAGGAGAUAGAGGCCCAUAUCGCCCUCCGCACCGGAACCUGCGGGGGCAUCGAGGCUCCAGGUGUAGACAACAAUGACUUUCAGUUCAACGGGACAGAUGUCAGCUUCGAGACAUCGGCUGGGUUGGGAGAGGCCGGAUGGCUUCAGGCAGGUGCAUCAUCACCAGGCGGCGGUGGCUUGCUGCCACUAAACAUCAGCGGUACUCAGCGAGUCAAUAGCAAUAUCAACAAUGGCGCCAGGAUGUCUUCCAACUACCGCAACGACAGCUCCAGCUCCCUGGGCAGCGGCACCAGCUCAGCCGAUUCUUUUUAUAGCAGCGGGAACGUCAACCGACUGGCAGACGUCAGCCCGACCGGUCCGUUUAAUGCCAACGCUAACAACAACAGCAAUGGCGGCAGUGCAAGUUUCUGGUUUGGCGAGGGCCUUCUUCCCGUGGGGUCUGAGGAGCUGGUUGGGCUGGGAGGUGGGGGCUCCUCCUCAGGAUUUGACCCAUUAACCAUUUCCACUGCCCAUUCGUCACACCCUACUGCACAGCCACACAUCUGGAGCCCCUUUGUGGACCACCAGCCCCUCCAGGCCUUUGAUGCUCUUCAGUCUCAGACAAGCCAGCCUGGGACACCCCGGCUCUCGCCAACCUUCUCUGGGACCGACGCCUUGGAGCAUCCUCAAGCCCAGCGCGUUCACCGAGGGCCGUUUGGCUCGGCCGGGGCUCUCGAUGCCCACAGGUUCCCCUCUUACAGCUCAGCCUUCUCCUCCUCAAGUGAAAGCACCGCCUCCUCUUCCUCCCCUCCCGAAUCCUCGCUCGCCUAUCGACUGGGGCUCGGAUCAACAGGGAGGGGACAGGAUUUGUGCGUCCAGUGUAUGAAUAACCAGGCGAUCGCCGCCUUGGUUCCUUGCGGCCAUAACCUCUUCUGUCUAAAUUGUGCCACCCAGAUAUGCCAGGGUCCAGACGCUGUGUGCCCUGAGUGUCUGUCCCCAGCCACCCAGGCCAUUCAGCUUCGCAAUAUGUGAUUUUCUUCUUCUUCUCUUUUUUUCCCUCAAUUUCCUUUAUAACUGAUUAGAGAUCAGCCUGCCCAACACUUAUGGUUCAUGACGUGUGUGUGUGUAGGGGAGGGAAAUACAAAACUGACCCCAGGUCAGUGUCUAAGUGUAAUUCUCAUCUGGCUUCCUUUAAGCUGGUGAAGCAGAGUAGGUGAAUAAGGAAUGAUGUUGAUUUAGGGCCGAGGUUAGGGUGCUGAGCCCGUUCACGUGCCUGGUAUUGUGAAGUCUUCUUCCUUGAUUGAUCAACAAGAGGGUUCGAAACCCUCUAUGUAGC